CGAACCGGUUUCGCCUGGCAGAGUCGGCUGCUUCAGGCGCCGUGGACGCGGUGCUCGCCCCGCGGCUUCUCCCGCGCUGUGGCGGUGUCAGGUGUGGCUUAGCUCGGGUCAGUGCCAUGAUCCGGCAGGAGCUCUCCACAUCCUACCAGGAGCUGACCUUGUGGAGACAGCACAGAGAUGCACUUCCCAGACUCUAUAUGAAGAUGGAGGCAGAGCUUGGAGAUGAGAGGCCUCGAUAGGCCAAGGAACACCAAGGCUUGGCCAUUACCAGAAGCUAGGAGACCAUGGAAAAGAUUCUUCCUCACAGCCCUCAGAAGGAACCAACCUUGCCAACACCUUGAUUUCAGAUUUCUAGUUUCCAGAACUGUGCGGGGAUAAACUUCUGUUAAUUCUUAAGCCACCCAGUUUGUGGUGCUUUGAUACGGCAGCCCUAGGAAACGAACACGCAGGAAGUUAACCUGAGUGAGGAGUUGGAUCAGGUGGUUGAGAACUCAGAGCGGGCGGACGAGCAAGAAAAGGAGGCAGACGGAGUACAAGGUCCAGGAAUCUUACCAGCCCUGGACAGCGAGUCUGCCUCUAGCAGCAUCCGCUUCAGCAAGGCCUGCCUGAAGAACGUCUUCUCGGUCCUGCUCAUCUUCAUCUACCUGCUGCUCAUGGCAGUGGCUGUGUUCCUGGUCUACCAGACCAUCACAGACUUCCGCGAGAAACUCAAGCACCCUGUCAUGUCGGUGUCUUACAAGGAGGUGGAUCGCUAUGACGCCCCAGGUAUUGCUCUGUACCCUGGUCAGGCCCAGUUGCUCAGCUGUAAGCACCACUACGAGGUCAUCCCACCCCUGAGGAGCCCUGGCCAGCCUGGGGACAUGAACUGCACCACCCAGAGGAUCAACUACACAGACCCUUUCUCCAACCAGACCCUGAAAUCCGCCCUGAUCGUGCAGGGACCCCGGGAAGUGAAGAAGCGGGAGCUGGUCUUCCUCCAGUUCCGCCUGAAUGAGAGUAGCGAGGACUUCAGUGCCAUCGAUUACCUCCUCUUCUCGUCUUUCCAGGAGUUCCUGCAAAGCCCAGACAGGGUGGGCUUCAUGCAGGCCUGCGAGAGCGCCUAUUCCAGCUGGAAGUUCUCUGGUGGCUUCCGCACCUGGGUCAAGAUGUCCCUGGUGAAGACCAAGGAGGAGGAUGGGCGGGAAGCAGUGGAGUUCCGGCAGGAGACGAGUGUGGUUAACUACAUUGACCAGAGGCCGGCCGCUGAAAAAAGCGCUCAGUUGUUUUUUGUGGUCUUUGAAUGGAAAGAUCCUUUCAUCCAGAAAGUCCAAGAUAUAAUCACCGCCAAUCCUUGGAACACAAUCGCCCUGCUCUGUGGGGCCUUCUUGGCGUUAUUUAAAGCAGCGGAGUUUGCCAAGCUGAGUGUGAAAUGGAUGAUCAAGAUCAGGAAGAGGUACCUUAAAAAAAGAGGUCAGGCGGCGAACCACAUAAGCUGAAGUGGCCUUGUGUUCGAACUGCUCACAGCAUCGGAAGUUCUGGUCACUUCCGCGCGGAGAAACGAGCCGCCGGCAAUCCUGUGCUCUCUUGAAACGGGCCUUGCUGGGAGGAACAGCCUGCCAGCCUGCAGCUUCUAACCCGGCCCCAAAAGAGGAUGUUUAAAGCCUGAUGGAACAGAUCCAGUGGGUAACCUAAAACUUAUUUAAGUAUUUAAAUUAUUAAUGAACAGAUGGCGAGGGAUUGUGGAAGAUGGAAUUAGAUCUGUAUCAACUUUUCUGAAGGUUUGUGGAAGUUGCCUUUCUUCUUACUUGGUUUGGUGCACAGUUAAGCUCUAAUGGGGUAAUGAAGGCUCUACAUUUUACUCUAGCUUCCCCUUCCGCCCUAGUAGUUUUCUGAAGUGGACAGAAGAGUGUGAUUUUCUUUUUUCCCCAAAUCCUGACUCUGCAGAUGUACAGGUUAUGCUUUGAAACCUCUGCACCCUGUACCCAAAGGCAAGAACCCUGUCGUCUCUGACGUCAUCUGCCAGUUACACCGUCUGGCCUCCUGGCACGCUUUAUUUGUUAAAUAAGAAGUGGGACUUUUUUGUAAAGCUACUAGAAACCAGGAAUACGAUUUCUUGUGGACUGACUAGCCACCUACCUGUCUGGCUAGAGUAUUUGUUGAUGGAGGUGUAAGAGUGUAGAGUCAUUAACAUGCAAAAGCCCUGGGCCAUAUGUACAUAGGAGGUGCCUACUCAAUGUAUCUUGAUGAUUUUAUUAACAGGUAAAUAAAAGUUAGGUUAAUGCAAAA